CGCAUCCCCCCAAUUCUCUCCACGCCUCCACGAUGCCGGCCGCUGCCGCAUCGACGUCGAGCCUGCCGCCGGCACCGGCGCCGAGCGCACCCGUGCAUGCGCCGCUGCUCGCCGGCGUCUUUGCCGGCAACUGGGCUGCCGACGAGUCCAUCGCGUUCCUCGCCGAGUCGUACACCGUCUUCUCGACGCUCGCUACAAUUGCGCAGCACCCGCUGCCCGGUGCCGUUCCUUCGGCACAGACGCUGCAAUACCUCUCGCGCGUUGCUGGGCUCUACCGCUCGGCGCUCAGCCGCUACCUCGUAGCGCUUACAGUCGCAGAUACGGAGGGCGAUGAUGCUGGCGUCGACCGACCAGCACACGCGGCACGGCUCGAGGCGGCUUUGCACCUGGCGCAGACGGUCUUCCUGCCCGCCGACGGCGAGGGGGCCGGCGUCGUAGGCGAGGAGCUGCUGCACUGGGUCAACUGCACUGAUCCGGCGCCGAGCACCGAGGAGGGACAGGACAUCGCCUCGUCUGCGUCUCCGCACGAGCAUCCGGCGUACUGGGACUACGUCCUCCGCUGCGUUCUGCGGGGCUUUUACACCUCCGCCUCGUCCAUGCUCCGCUCGCUCUCCUCGCACCCGUCGCGUACCAUCUCCUCGCUCUCGCUGGAGAUCUCACAGCUGCUCUCCACGCUGCCGCGCUCGUCGGCCUUUCCGACCGAGGCAGCCUUUACUGCUGCGCGCCGCUCGUGGCAGUCGUCUGUGCGCGCGCUGCUCACGCGGCUGGAGGGCGCCAUGGACGACGCAGAGGCCGAGCUGGGCGGCAACGAAGACGCAGAGGACCAGCGCCUAGAGUACGAGGCGCAGUUCCGCUGCCUGCUGCAGCUCGUCGCGGGCGAGCGGCAGCGCGUCUUCGAGGCGUGCGAGGACUGGCGGGAAGCGCUGGGCGCCUGGGGCACGCUGGUGCAGCCGACGAUGCGUCGCGACGAUGUGCCCGAGACGAUGGCCGUCAUUCUGGAGCAGUUCCCGGUGGAUGCCAAGGUACCGGGCGAGACUCUGCUGUGCGCUCUGGCCAGUGGCGACGUGCGCGAGGCAUGCCGCAUCGCCAAGGAUUUCGACGCCUGGCUUGCAGCGCACCUCAUCGAUCUCUUUGACAAGGCUGGUCUGCUCGAUGCGUCCAUGGGCAUGUCAACCGACGCCAGGACAGACGCGCUCCUGCAGUAUGCCGAGACGCUGCUGGAUGACUCGGGCCUCUGGCGCAUGUCGGUCGACUAUCUCGCGGCAGUAGGCACAGCGACUGCUGCGACGCGGCUGCGCAACGUCAUCCUCGACGUGCCGCUCAGCGACGAGGAAGCAGGCACGACUGUCCCGGCGCGCACCCUUGAUGCCCUCGAGGACGAGGCCCGGGAUGCCGAGAUGAUUGACGAUGCGGACGACCCGGAGGAGGCAGCCGAAGCGCUGCGCCGCGAAAAGGAGCGCCAGCAGCGCGAGAGCGGGACAGGUGCCGGCUUCCGCGGCGUCGAGGAGGUGCUCAAGGCGUGUGUCGAGCAUGGCCUGGAGGAGGAGGCGCGUGCCGUGUGCAAGCGCGUGGCCAAGCUCACCGCAGCUAAGCGGCAGUACGGGCUGGCGAUCGCAUACUGCGUCCGCGCAGGCGACUCUCGCCAGGUGCGGCGCAUCGCAGAUGCGCUACUCGACGAGUACAUCACGCAAGGCGCAGACGAGUUCUGCCGCCUCGUCGACUCGGUUCCAGCCUCGCUUCUUCAUCCCGCAGCUGCACGACCGCCGCAAGGACCAGGCAGUAGCGCAUCAGCCGAGGGCAUGGAGCUGGAUGCCGGCGACGCGGCCAACGACACAGGCUACGGCGUCGGGCGCAGCCUCUUCUCGUCGCGGCUCGCAUUCCUGGCGGGCUACCGAGACUUCCACCGGCUGUACGCCGAGGGCCAGCUGCGGGCGGCUGCCGAGCUGCUCGUCGUGCUCCUGACCAGCAAUGCGGCGCCAGAACGCUUCUGGGCGGUGCUGCUCGUCGAUGCCAUUCCGCUGCUGGAAGGCGCCGACAACCUCUUCACUGCCGACGAGACCUUUGAGCUGCUGCGCUUCCUGGAGCAGAUCAACUCGGGCCUGCUCUCGGGCAGCAGCGACGCGCAGCACUUCCUCGGCACUCUCGAGCAGCUCCUGACUGCGUCCAGCAGCCGCGACGGCGCCGACGGCAGCCGCAGCGUCGACGUCGGCGCGGCACGCAAGCGGCUGGACAUUGUGCGCCUCGGCCUGGCACGGCAGCUCGCACGGGCGAGUGUGACGGGCGUUGGCGUCCUCUAGCUCGCCUGCAAUGCAUCAAAGUAAAGCAUC